AUGGGAGAUCUUGCGGCAGAGCCGGAAUGUCUUCCUCGAAAGACUCGGCUUGCAGGUGGCCAAUUUUUUGAUAUAUCUCGCAACUACAUGCGACGUUCCAGGCUCGGACACCCUGAUUUGUCUCAUAAGAUCAUUACACCCAGCGAGCCUUACCUGAAGGGUAUCAAAAAAGAUUUUCCUCAUUUUUCUACUGGUUAUUCGAUACCCGCGGAAUUGAGACCUCCGAACAUUGGACCGACCCAGAUUGUGCCACCCUGA